UCUUGACGAACGGGCCAAAAAUUUCCCGCCACUCCAUACCGCUCUGGAUUUUAAAAGCGCCUCUCUCUCUCUCUUCCUCCCUUUCUUGCAAUUUGCGAACACGUAUUUUGGUGUCCACAUUUCUCUCUCCGAUUAAACCCUAAACAAUCCGAGUUCAGAUCAAUCGAAAAAGUUCGCUUGAGUAAGUUUUUCCUUUAGCAGGUUGUUUAAUUUAAUGGUGAAGUUUUAGUGCAAUGGAACUUUCAUCAACAAAUCAGGAUCUAUGUUAGUCAAUGGCCAGGGAAAAACAUAUGAUGCAAUACCAAAACAAUUCUGGUGAAGGUUACAAACAUGAUGACAAACUUCCUAAAGUCAAUUGGUUGCAGCAUGUUGAUGCACAUGAUAAAUUUUCAUGCCAAAAGAAGUUUCUGUGUACGAAUUUCCUUUUCUCCUUAGAAACGCAAAAACCUUGUACUCGAGGAACAAUGGGUGCACGGUUAACGGUCUGCCAGAUUCAGAAUUCUCAAAAAUUUCAACAUACUCAGGUUGAAAAGGCUUGGCAGAUUCUUUCUAGUCUUCCAACAUCUUCCAGGACAUACUUAAGACCAGGAACAACUGCUCCAGUUAAGAAUUCAAAUGAUGAGAUUUCUCAUAAUUGGAGAGGAAGAUCUACCAUAGCAGACUCAUCAGACAUGAAGUGGUCUGAACAUGUGCAUGUGCAUCCAAACAACAAUGAGACAGAUGGAAAGAUCAACGGAUUGGGAAGGUCCAUGGCCAGUUUUUUUCCAUCAAGUAAUGCCAAUACUGUGGAAGGUGGAUCAUUAAGGAAUCAUACUGUCCAUGCUGGCCUAUUGGAGCAGUCUGUAGAGGUUUUGGCUAAUGAAAUUGACGAUGAUGACUUACUCAAGGAUAUUGAUGUGGACCAGAUCGUCUCAGAACACUAUCAAUCAACUUGCACACCUCAACCUUCAGUUACUAAGUUCCCACCCAUUACUCCAAGUUUGGAUAAAAAUGCCUUUGCAGGACAAGAAGAAGCUUGUUUGCCUCCUGAAUUAUCCUCAAAGUGUAGUCAUGGGUGUAAGCUAGGACUCUGCCCAGAAGCUGCAAGUCAUGUGCAGGACAUGAAAGACAUAUUAAUUGCUGUGUCAAAUGAAUUGCUUGACAAUGCUACCAGCCUGAGUCCAGAGCAGAUAGAGAAGCUUCGCCAGGAUAGGUUGCAGCUGAAUAAGCAAAUUAAACAGCUUGAAAGAUAUAUCUCUGAUGUGGAAAGGCAAAAGUCACAUUUUUCAGCGUCAACAGCAAAUCGCACCUUUCUAUAUAGAACACCACAAACAGUAUCAUUCAACCUUGACGCAAAUCAAUUUGAUGCCCAGGUUCAUUUGCAUAAUGAACCAAAUGGGUAUGAGAAAUGGAAUUCAUCGUCAGUUUCUUUCUCUUCUGUAAAUAGUUUCAGUGUUGCAUCAGGUCCUAUGGAAAGAGAAUCAUACAUUCCAAAGAUUAUUGAAGUAAAUUAUAUUGAAGGCUCAAAUGACCAAAAGUGGAGUAGUAGAGAUUUCCCAUGGACUAAAAAGCUGGAGGCAAAUAACAAGAAGGUGUUUGGGAACCACUCAUUUCGCCCCAACCAAAGAGAGGUUAUUAAUGCUACAAUGAGUGGGUAUGAUGUUUUUGUUCUUAUGCCUACAGGAGGGGGAAAGAGCCUGACAUAUCAGCUGCCUGCUCUUAUCUGUCCAGGAAUAACAUUGGUGAUUUCUCCCCUUGUGUCACUCAUCCAAGAUCAAAUAAUGCAUUUAUUGCAGGCAAAUAUACCGGCUGCUUACUUGAGUGCCAAUAUGGAUUGGAGUGAACAACAGGAGAUUCUCAGAGAACUUACUUCUGAUUAUUGUAAAUACAAGUUGUUAUAUGUUACACCAGAGAAAGUGGCUAAGAGUGAUGUCCUGUUGCGGCACUUGGACAGUCUAAAUACACGUGACUUGCUUGCAAGGAUUGUUAUUGAUGAAGCUCACUGUGUGAGUCAGUGGGGGCAUGACUUUAGACCAGAUUAUCAGGGCCUUGGUAUCUUGAAACAGAAGUUUCCAAAGACUCCAGUUUUAGCUCUAACUGCAACUGCAACAGCCAGUGUAAAAGAAGAUGUUGUGCAAGCUCUUGGUCUCAUUAACUGCAUUAUAUUCAGACAAAGUUUCAAUCGCCCUAAUCUCUGGUAUUCUGUCAUCCCCAAAACCAAGAAGUGUGUGGAUGACAUUGACAAGUUCAUUAAAGAAAAUCAUUUUGAUGAAUGUGGAAUUAUUUAUUGUCUUUCAAGAAUGGACUGCGAAAAAGUUGCCGAGAAGUUGCAGGAAUAUGGACAUAAGGCAGCAUUUUACCAUGGAAAUAUGGAUCCAGCACAACGUGCCUUUAUUCAGAAGCAGUGGAGCAAAGAUGAAAUCAACAUAAUUUGUGCCACAGUGGCAUUUGGAAUGGGUAUCAACAAACCAGAUGUUCGCUUUGUCAUUCAUCAUUCUCUUCCAAAAUCAAUUGAAGGUUACCAUCAGGAGUGUGGUCGUGCUGGUCGAGAUGGUCAGCGCUCAUCUUGCCUAUUGUAUUAUAGUUACAGUGACUAUAUACGAGUCAAGCAUAUGAUUAGUCAAGGAGUUGCAGAGCAAGUGACUGGAUAUAGUCGCUUCAAUACGUCAGGGAGGAUAUUGGAAACAAAUACUGAAAAUCUCCUGCGCAUGAUCAGUUAUUGCGAAAAUGAUGUUGAUUGCCGACGACUUUUACAGCUUCUGCAUUUUGGAGAAAAAUUUGAUUCUGCACACUGCAAAAAAACGUGUGAUAAUUGUUGCAAGAUUAAAAGUAUUGUUGAUAAGGAUGUCACAAAUAUAGCAAAACAACUGGUUGAACUAGCAAAAUUAACAGGCCAGCAGUUUUCAUCAUCUCAUAUUUUAGAAGUCUACAGAGGUUCCUUAAGCCAAUUUGUCAAGAAACAUAGACAUGAGACUUUGAGUCUGCAUGGUGCGGGAAAACAUCUAGCCAAGGGUGAAGCUUCCCGCAUAUUACGCCAUCUUGUUGUGGAGGAGUUCCUUGUGGAAGAUGUUAAGAAGAGUGACAUUUAUGGAUCUGUGUCAUCUGUGCUGAAGGUGAAUGAAUCCAAGGUUCAAAAUCUCAGCUUUAGUGGGCAGACCAUAAUAAUAAGAUUCCCUAGCUCUGUAAAAGCAACGAAACUGAGCAAAUCAGAAGUGACUCCAGCAAAAGGCUCAUUGACAUCCGGGAAGCCAAGUCCUCCAAGAGUUGAUACUCCAGCUCAAUCUCAGUCCAAAGUCGACUUGAAUCUCUCUGCAAAACUGUAUUCUGCUUUGCGACUGCUUCGAACAAUUCUUGUUAAAGAAGCUGGUGAGGGGGUCAUGGCAUACCACAUAUUUGGAAAUGCUACUCUGCAGCACAUUAGCAAAAGAGUUCCAAGAACAAAGGAAGAACUCCUCGAGAUCAAUGGCAUUGGGAAGGCUAAAAUAAGUAAGUACGGAGACCGAUUGUUGGAAACGAUUGAAGCUACCAUCAAGGAACACUACAAAACAGGCAAAAACUGUAGUAGCAGCAAUGACAGUACUGACUCAGCUAAGAGAAGAAGAGACGCAAAUGGUGCUCUAAACGCCAAAGCAGAAGACGAUGAUGAUGACGAUGACUUCUCCAGAAGCACUGGUCGAUCCAAGAAAAGGACAUUGAAAAGGCAGGACAAAGAUGGUGAGGCUUAUUCUUCAAAAGAUCAAGAUUAUAACAAUAACCAAUGCCCUGCUGACCAUGACUUGGGCUUUGAUGAUUACGACUACGAUGCGGAAUCAAAUUGCAUCGUCGAUAUGAACGGUCUGGGAAGGGUGCUACCCUCAUGGUCAGCAACGUGAAAAUGGGGUAGAAAUUUUGGGUGUUUU